CUGUGUGUAUCUGUCAGCGUGCGUGUGUGUUCUGAAGCUGGAGGGGAAUCUGUGGAUAGAUGCAUAAGGGGUGUUCCCACCUUCACAGCUGGUCUCUGGGUGGUCAGCCAAGGGAGCAGUUUGAGCAUUUUGGAAAUGCCGCCUUUGUUUUCAUGGAGAGGGGGGAUACCACCAUCAGAGCUGAGCGAUUCCGGCUGUAAGCUCUGGGCACCAAGAUGGACUGCUUCACGGGCCCGCUUCACGGGUUUAACUGCCUGGCUUUGGAGUCGCACCUGGUCUUGAGGCCGUUCACGAGCUCGACUGUGAGAUUGCUGUGUGAACAAAUCGACUUUGGAGCCGUGCCCAGCCUGCCAAGGGAGAGGGAGGCUGUUUGUUCGAGGAUGGCCUCUGCAGACCAUCUGAGACCUGCGUGAAUGAUGGAAUGUUUGGAAGGUGCCAGAAGGUUCCAGCAGUAGACACACACCGCUAUGAAGUGUCACCGGCGGUUCUGCAGCACCUGGCAGCCACCUUGCAGAAGCUCUCCCGAACAGGCUUCACAUGGCAGGAUGACUACACCCAGCACGUGAUGGCCCAGGAACUCUUGAACCUUCCCUCCCCGCAACAUCUGGACGCCUCCAGCACAGCCAGAACCUCGAAGCAGAGUGUGGAUGAGGACAGGAGGUCCAGUCUGGAGGACGACGGUGGUCUGGCCAGGGCUGUCCAGCGCUACCUGCCAUACCUGGAGGCCCUGUCCCAGGCUGUUGCUCCAAACGUGCGCCUCCGCACAAAGCACAACAGGCCGCCAGCCCAGGGUGAGGACCCCCUUGCUGACAGCAUGCUGACCUUCAUGGCGCAAACGUCUGCUCUGACCUAUGCUCCUGGCCCUGGGGCAGACUACCCUGGGGGCCACCCGCUGCGGACCCCUGGCAGGCUGCAGCCUGACGAGCUCAGCCCCAAGGUGGAUGGCAACGUCAAUAGGCAGAAACUGAUCGCUGCGCUGGGCGCAUAUGCAGCUCGGAAGCCCCCGGCGCCCCACGGGGAAGGUGACCCGUGGCCACGAAACCCACUGCAUGCACCGUGGAAAACACCAAGGGUCCUUUCGGCGCCGGUGGAACCCCGGAAGUGGCCUUCGCCUCCAGGAGACCCCAAACUGCCCCAGGCCAUGAGCGAUGAAACACUUAUCCAGAGUCUCCUGAAGGACCUGGGAGAGCAGCCGGACCUCGGCGAGGUGGCCCGCGCGAUUGCCUCCGCCAUGCAAGCUGUGGGGGCAGAAGGGGAGCCGCGAGGUGCCGAGAAAGGAGCCGCGGGAAAGCCGAGAGAGUCCGACGUUGGCCGGCAGGGUGGAGGCGUGCCAGAUGACAGAGUGCCGGACGGUGGAGGGAGAGCUUACGAAGAGGUCAGUCGUUUGAGCCUCGAACUUGGGGACCGCCUGCCGGACCCUGGGUCCCAACUCUCUCCUGCCGUACCCCCUCUUUCGGAGCCCUUCAAAAUGGAGGCAAAGAAAUCAGAGGCCGCCGAGGCCCCCCCGACUUGGGGGGAGGAGAGCGCCGGGGUGGAGGACGUGAGGAGUCAGACCUACUCCAAGGAGCGGCUGCAGAGGCCGCUUCCCGCAGAGCCCGGCACGGGCGGCUUCGGCGAGUUCCGGCCCUGGGUUCCCCGACCCUCGCAGGAAGACGCCCACCUCACGGCCGGAGCCCAGGGACGCCCCACGGAAGGCCUUCGGCUGGAGGUCAAGCCUUCCCAGGAGGACCACGGCUACAUUGUGACCGGAACCGACCCCCUGAGCCCAGAAAAGGGGAAGGAGCUGAUGGAGGGCGUGGCGCAACUCCUGGAGGUGCCGAUGAGUGUCUUCGCAGACAUCGUUGUUGUGGGCCCAGCGGUGACCUUCAGACUGAGCGCCAGUGUCCAGAACCUGACGACGGGAGAUGUCGCGCAGGCCGCAGUUGACAACAAGGACAAACUGGAAAAAGCAUCUGGACUGGAGAUUCUUCAGGCGGGAAGCGGGUCGAAAAGCAAACUAAAGCUCCCUCCACGCCGGGCAAAGCAAGGGGACUCGACCCCGUUCAUUGUGCUCACGCUGGUCUCCGUCGUGGCCAUGGUGGGGGUCCUCCUGGCCUCCGGCGUCAUCUACUGUCUCCGCCACACCUCCCGCGCCAGGCUGCAGGACAAGCUGUCGGGACCAGGGGACCACCCGGGCCCGGACGCCACGGCCGCCUACCAGGAGCUGUGCCGGCAGCGCAUGGCCACGCGCACGUCGGAGCGCCCGGAGGGCCCGCACACGACCCGCAUCAACAGCGUCUCGUCCCAGUUCAGCGACGGGCCGAUGCCCAGCCCUUCCGCCCGGAGCAGCACGUCAUCCUGGUCGGAGGAGCCGGUGCAGCCCCACAUGGACAUCUCCACCGGCCACAUGGUCCUGGCCUACAUGGAGGACCACCUGAAGAACAAGAACCGCCUGGAGAGGGAGUGGGAGGCGCUGUGUGCCUACCAGGCGGAGCCCAACAGCUCGCUCGUGGCCCAGAGGGCAGAGAACGCACACAAGAACCGCUCUCCGGCAGUGCUGACCUACGACCACUCCAGGGUCCUGCUGAGAUCAGAGAACAGCCACAGCAGGUCGGACUACAUCAACGCCAGCCCCAUCAUGGACCAUGACCCCAGGAACCCUGCCUACAUCGCCACCCAGGGACCCCUGCCCGCCACCGUGGCCGACUUCUGGCAGAUGGUGUGGGAGAGCGGCUGCGUGGUCAUCGUCAUGCUGACCUCCCUCUCGGAGAACGGCAUCUGCCAGUGCUGCCACUACUGGCCAGAUGAAGGCUCCAGCCUCUACCACGUCUACGAGGUGAACCUGGUCUCCGAGCACAUCUGGUGUGAGGACUUCCUCGUGAGAAGCUUCUACCUGAAGAACCUUCAGACCAACGAGACGCGCACCGUGACCCAGUUCCACUUCCUGAGCUGGUGCGACCGCGGGGUGCCCUCCUCCGCGAGGUCCCUCCUGGAUUUCCGCAGAAAAGUAAACAAGUGCUACAGGGGCCGUUCUUGUCCAAUAAUUGUUCACUGCAGCGACGGCGCGGGCAGGAGCGGCACCUACGUCCUGAUCGACAUGGUUCUCAACAAGAUGGCCAAAGGCGCUAAGGAGAUUGAUAUCGCCGCGACCCUGGAGCACUUGAGGGACCAGAGACCGGGCAUGGUCCAGACAAAGGGCCAGUUCGAGUUUGCGCUGACGGCCGUGGCGGAGGAGGUCAACGCCAUCCUCAGGGCCCUCCCGCAGUGAGCCGCGGGGCGGGGGGGCCCCCGGCCGGGAGGCGCCGGCACCCGGAAUGACACAACUGCCUGGUCGGUGCAGUUUACCGGUUAAAAUGCGCAUUUUCGUUCAACCAAAUCACAGUAAGGAGAGAUCUGUGGAAUCAUGCGAUUACAGGGGGCAAUCACUUUAUCCGGUUUCACUUUCCUGAAAGAAAACCCUUUUCCUGGAAGCACACAUUCACAUUCUUAAUUGCAAACAGCGUCGUCCUAACGAUGCAGCAGGCUUCGCACUCCGCACGGCCUCUGAGGGCUGGCUCGUGACCUGUGAGUCUGGAGGGCGGCCGGCUCUGCAGGGAGGGGGCCCAGACGACGCGGGCAGGGCACCAGGCAUGGCAGACACACGUGGCAUUUGUCUCUGAGACGCUGCUCACCCAGAGGAGCCACCAGCUUCUUCGGGAGUCAGAGCAACAGUUACUAACAUUCAGCAGCUGUGGGGCAAAUAAUAAGAAAAUCGUCACCGAAUCUCGGUUCUGUUCCCACCCGGGCUGCUUGACGCCCCCCCCCCCAACUCCAAGGUCCACGGCCCAUCUCUACCACCCACCCCCAGGGGCCAGCAGGGGCCUCCAGGGGCAACCGCUUUCCCGCCUGGGGAGCCACACUUUUAAUUUCAAAAUACGGAUUCACACGUCGCAACAGCAGGUGCAGCUGAAGAGCACUCUCCCCCGGGACAGCCGGAAUCUGGGAACAGUCUGGCAGGUCCCAAGCUCCCGGUCCCCGAGGAGCGCUCUAGCCCCCCAGCAGGCACCUGUUCCCCCCUCUCAGGGGAUGUCCCGGGCCCUGCCGGCAUCCGGAGAGCACCUGAGCACCCGUUCCUAGAAGGACUUGCGGGGAGACGGGCAUUUUAAUCUGUGUGAGCUCAUAGCAGCAGGGAGCAAAGUGGCAGUGCUGGCCGCAGGCCCCCCGGUCGUCAGCCCCCCAUCGCCUAGGUCGGACCCUCGUGUGACACACACGGGCGUCCAGAGGCGAUCCGGGCUUGCCGGAAUAGCACUUGACCGUGAGGUCUGCCACCGUCCGCCCCCGGAAACGGGGCUCAUCUCGCUGAACUCGGAACGAUGGAAUCCAAGAAGGGGCGCAGACAGCUCCACACUGUUGGGCUCCAUCUAGGAUUCGGCGUGAGCGCAUCCCCGGGCCCCCCCACGCCCUGCUUCGUGCACACCGCCCUUCCCGUCCCAAUGGACACUGCAUCCCAGAAACGGUCGCGCUGGGAGAGCGGCCUCUGGCUGGGGAGGAAGACGCCAACACCGUUGUGUCUGUAUGUGGUCCCGUCCUGUCGCCCACUGCAGUAGAUCUGUGAUGUGUUUGCCUGUCCGGAAUCUCAAUAAUGAAUAGAAACCAAUUUAUCUGAAUAUAGGAAGCAUAUACCUACUCGUAAUUUCUAAUUCUUAUGUUUCAAGAGAAAUCCUCCAGUGCGAGAUAUAUAAAUAUAUUUAACGGUGUCAGAUUAAACUUUUGAUUUCACA